AUAUAUAAUAUAUAUAUAGAAAAGAGAGUACAAUACACCAUAUACUAUAUUCCCCUUGCCGGAUUCAGGAUCCUGUUCCAAGAUCUCCCCUUUCUUCCUUUUCAACGAGACCCAACAAGUUUUUAUCCCACUUCACUGCUUGAUCUGAUCCUUUCUCUCCAAAUCAAAGGGAGAAGAAAUGCUAACCACGACUCUGAGUGGGAGCUAUGGGUUUCCUCUCUGCCUCUACGGGAUCACACAGCACUUGGCUCUCUCCAGAGAGAUGACUGAGCAUGGCGAGAGAAGGAAAGAGAUGACGACGACGAUGAUGAUGAAGAAGAAGAAGAGAAGGAGAUCAUCAGAGGGCGAGAAUGAGUCAACGCAUGCAAAUCAAGAGAUAGAGAGCGAGAGAUGGCUUCAAGAAGGGCAAGAGGCGAAAGAUGUCGUUCUUUUGCUACAAGAUCUGGGAUGGUGCUCCUUUUCUCACAUAGCCAAAGCCGCUUAAGUAAGCGUUUCUUCCUUUGACCCAGCUGGGGUCAUGUCCUAAGCUACCGCUGUUCAAAAUUCACCUGUCUUUAGCUGAUUUUGGUGGGUUACAUUGAAAACCAGGAGAGAGAUUCAGAAUUCCAGAUCUUAAGCAUCGUAACUCUGCUUUUGGUAUAUUUAAUGUAAAUACUCUUUUUUUUUUAUUUAUUUUUUGUUAUAACCUCUGUAAUCAGUGCCACGAUGGUGUGAUGCAUCUUUAUCCUUUCUUGUUUGUUUAGUA